AAGUCAAACCUUCUGGGGUUACAGCUUCUCUUCAAUCGUCUUCUUUGUUGGAAACCAAAACUUAAAAUUUAGUUUAUUUAUUUUCUGACGUUACUCAAUGCGAAACAAAAAUCAGAGAACAUUUUCAGUCAGAGAUAUUUCUAUCGGAUCGGUGUAAAGGCAUUUUCAAAACAAGGGAAACACAUAUAUAUUUUAUCUAAAGCUCCUGGUGGAGGUCAAUCCAAAUCGAUUGCAAUGGGCACUUUGGGCAACCAAUUCAUCCUGUCGCGGGAGCGUCGUCGCUUUGGGCGGCAGUGCCUCUUCACGGACCGCAACGAAAUGCUGCUGAGUGUGAAUCCCAGUGGACGCCUGCGCCUCAAGUACAUCCUGCGCAAUCCUAUCCACGAGAAGACUCAGCUGAGCAAGCAGUACGCCGCGUCCUCGGUGCUGACCCACAAUGUGAGCCUGGACUCGCACGGGAUGAACCACUUCGAGGGCGGCUGGAACGUCAAGGAGGUGAACGUCAUGGACGAGGAGUCCACUCUGCGCUAUCGCAAGAAGGUGGAGCGUGACGACUCCUGGGGCAUUGAGGUUAGCAAGCUGAUGCACGACGUGAUGCAGAUCAGUUCGGCCAACAAUGCGGUCAACAUCUAUCAGGACUUCUUUGUGGACCUGCCCGAGGAUCUGGGCCGCGGGAUUAACAUGAAGAUUGCGGCCAGGUGUACCCACGUCUUCCACGACCUGUGGAUUCCAUCGCGCCAUCUGGUCCUGUGCGAAUGGCUGAACAAUGAUCCCAAUCAGUUUCUCCUGACCUUCUCCAACCGCAAGAGCCUGGAGCCGAAUUACACAAAACCACUGAACACAAUGCCGGACUUUGGCAACGAUAAUCCCCACGGAUUCUACGUUUGGGACCUGGACGACGCCACUCGCCCGGUGGCCCACUACGAUUGCCAGCGGGUCCUGCUGAUCGCCAAGGUGUGCGUCAAGGAUGAGGGCUACAUGGUGGGUGGCUUCCAGGAGGGUCAGGUGGGCUUCUGGCAAACGGACAGCAUGGGCGGCCCGAAGAGGAUGUGCCCCUUGGAGGCGUGUCACCGCGAAGCCACCACGGCCCUCUGCUGGGUGCACUCCAAGCUCAAUACGGAGUUCUAUUCGGGUUCACUGGACGGGUCCGUCAAGUACUGGGACACCCGGGAUCUGCUGAUGCCGGUGAACGAGGUCCUGGCCGAACCGCUUCCCCAGCAGGUUCAGAACCGUCAGGAUGCCCAUGGCGUGACGGUCCUGGAAUUCGAGUACACCAUCCCGGUGCGCUACAUCUUCGGCACCGACAUGGGCUGUGUGUUCGUCGGGAAUCGCAAGGGUCUCACUCCGCAGGAGACCAUCGUGGGGGUCUAUCAACUGUUCGCCGGCCCCAUCCGCUGUGUGAUGCGCAAUCCGUUCUUCGUGAAGAACUUCCUCUUGGUGGGAGAUUGGCGGGUGCGCAUCUGGUCGGAGGAGGUGAAGAACUGCCCCAGCACCUUCUACUUCCGCCGGCCCAACCAGGUGAUCAGCGGUGCCUGGAGCACCGGCCGCUGCUCGCUGUUCUGCAUCGGCGACGACAAGUGCAACCUGGAGUUCUGGGACCUCCUCAUGUCCCACACUCGUCCCAUCAUGACCAUCAAAAUGAAGCACGUCGUCACCCACUUGGUCUUCAAGCCGGAUGGAUCUAUGCUCGCGGUGAGCAUGGCCAACGGGGAUUGCGUGAUGCUCCGCUUGGAGGAGGGCAUGCGAAGUGCCACCGUGAAGGAGAAGUCCCUCAUGAUGGCGAUGUUUGAGCGGGAGAUAUCGCGCUGCAAGCUUUUGGAGGCCCGCGAGGAGGAGAUGAAGCUGAAGAAGCGCCUGACCACCAUUUUCGAGGAGGAGGAACGCAAGUCCAAGGAGAAGCUGGAGGCCAAGAAGAAGAAGGCCCAGGCCAGGAAGGACCAGGAGCCAAAGCCGGAGGACGAGGCCACCAUUUUCCUCAGGAUGAUCGAGAGCGAUUCGGAAUUCAGCAAGGCUAUUUUGGACUUCAACGAAUGCAUCGAAAGCGUGGCCGCCAAGCGAUCCAAGCGGGUCUUCAACAUGGAACACACUGUCUUCGAAACCAAUCCACCACAAUUUACGGCCUAACGAGGGUAUAUUCUUCUCUAACCCAUUGUACCUUGGCUUGCAUUUUCGUAACACAUUAUGUAAUGUUAGUACAAGCUAUUUAAUAAAAGCAUUAUGAAGAACAUUA